AUGGACGCCAACUCGAGGCGCUGGUCAUCCCCACAGACGCUACUUUACAGCAGGGAUGCCGCCUGGAACUUCAUGGGACCUCGGGCGGAUUUUGGACUAGUUAUCCAGUCUUCCUUCUCCAAUUCCCACCUAGCACGGCUUAGAUUUACUUGCACAACAGUUCUCUGCUAUUUGGCGGAAACAGACACUGCUCCCAUUCCCAUCUCACUCACGAAGCAGGCCGUGAUCCGCAACAUGCCUGUCAAAGCCAGCGACAAGCCGGUCAAGAAUGCCUCUGGGCGGUAUGACAAUGUCGACUUUAGGAAAGCUGCGGGCUUCAAGUAUCCUCCCGUAAAGUGCAGCUACAACAGGAGAGAUGUCCUCUUGUUUGCCAACGCGAUAGGCGUGUCCGCCGACGAGCGGCACUUCCUCUACGAGCUGCACCCGCGGUUCGCCGCCUUCCCCACGUUCCCCAUCAACCUGUUCUUCAAGACGACCGACCAGGACGUCUACGACUUCAUCAAAAAGUGCACGCCCACCGACGUGCCGGGCACGCCGCCGUUUGACGCCCAGCGCUCCGUCGACGGCGAGCGCGGCAUCGAGAUCGUCAACCCGGUGCCCGUCAGCUCCGACGGGCUGGACCUCGAGAUCCACCAAAAGGUGCUCGGCGUCUACGACAAGGGCGGCUCCAUGAUCCUCGAGGCCGAGCAGGAGCUGCUCGACGUCAGGACGGGCACCGUGUACGUGCGCAUGACCUCGACGGCCUUCGGCAUGGGCCAGGGCGGCUACGGCGGGCCGCGGGGCCCCUCGCGCCCGAGCCCCCGGAUCCCGGACCGCGCGCCGGACGCGGUACACGUCUUCCGGACGACGCCCGAGCUGGCGCUGCUGUACCGCCUCUGCGGCGACUACAACCCCAUGCACGCCGACGACGAGUUCGGCCGGCGCGCGGGCUUCAAGGGCCACAUCCUGCAGGGGCUGGGCACGUGGAACAUCGCGGCGCACGGCAUCCUCCGGGAGCUCGGCGGGUCGGACCCGGCGCGGUUCAAGGCCUUCACGGCGCGGUUCAAGAGCGUCGUGUACCCCGGCGAGACGCUCGAGACGCGCAUGUGGAAGGUCGGCAUCGAGAAGGGCUGCGACGUCGUCAUGUUCGAGACGGUGGUCCGCGAGGACGGGCGGGUGGCGCUGUCCAACGGCCAGUGCAAGAUCCUGCAGGCCAGCGCGGGUAGCAAGCUGUAG